UCGGCAAACGCGACCACGCCCUCUCUCCUACAAGUCAAGAGUGUCAACAAAGACAAGACCGCGAAACCUCAACCGUCGCAGACAGAGAUUGAUCCACAGGACCGUAAGAAACCUUCGGUGGUGGAUGCCGUUCACCUUAAGCAGGAUCACAAGAGUGCAGAUGGCAGUGAAACGGCUGUCAAAAUGAAGGAGGAUGUUCGUCUUAAUGAUGUGCGGAAAGUACCUCCGAAGGUGGAAGUCGAAAAGCCGCCCCCAGCGCCUGCCAUUGAAGUCGGUGGCCAAAAUAAACCGGUUGCUUCACCGCUGAAUCCUCCACUUUUGGAAACAAGCAGGUUGCCUCCUCACUCUAGCCAGCAGGUACCUUCGCCGAGCGGCAACUUGUCUGAAGAUGAAACGGCCAUCACGGACGAAACCGGCAUUUUUCCUCCCGCUGUUGUACAACCAAGGGAAACCACGAAAAAUGAGGAUAUUAAUUUGGACUUGGAGGCUGCUGAAAAAACUAAUCUUUUCAAUGACCCCAAAUGUCCUAGUCUCCCGGCCGUCCCGACGCGUAAAGUGUCGCCCAAGUACUUCCGGUUGGAUAAGUCGCCUGGUUUAGAUUCGGCAGAUGUUGGAAUCGAGUUAGCUGGCGAUGUAAAGGAUGGUGAUGCUGCCGAUAGGCGUUGUGUCGUCUUUCGUCAGAUCGCCUCUUCGCCCAACUUCGCGGUCCUGCGCUCUCCACAACCCGUCCUGCCCAACAGCCCCAAUGGACUCACACCCGCGCUCUCCACCUAUUGGGCCUUCAAUGCCGAGCCCACAGUCUGGCCGAAGAUCAGCUGGCCCAGACACUUUUGGCUUAUCCUCGCAGCCUUCUUCUUCGCUGGUCUCGAGACGACCUAUGGCGCCUUUGUGCACACCUUCACUUUGCGAACCUUACACUGGAGCCCGGUAAGAUUACUUAGGAAAAUUUUUAAACAUUAA